CAAACUGGUGUUAUGUAACUGAUGCACUGCUUCUCAUCCUGAUGUGGAGUUACUGGAAAGUUUACAGGCAGCAGCAGCUCUGUGAACAUGGAGGAACAUUUCUAAGAAAAUUUGCCUUUUAGAGCUUUUAGAUCAGCCAAAGAUCUGUCUUACAGCCGUAAACUUAAUUGAAAACUGACCUUAAAAGCGCUGCCAAGAAUUUUUGUUGGUUAAUGUUCAACUCUGGAAGCACUUGGAGGAAUUUGGAGAUGGGACUUUGCGUUUAGAUCUUGCAAGCAGCCAGACAGGACAGGAGGGGGACAUGGGCAGCGGUACAAGCCGAGGGAAGAGGGUUGCACCUGCGUGUGUCAGCGAGGUGAACGUGACCAAAACGACCGCUUCACCCAAACAAGACAGCCGUCCGUUCAAGCCGCUCAAAAUCCACGCUGCGAUUUUACGCAACGCGCGUAACCGUGCGCAACCGGCGGACUGCCACAGCGAGGGACACGACUCCGACUUCUCCAGAGAGGACGACGACAUCAUCAUCGAUGGAGACAUGGACACGGUUCUGCAGGAAUACGAGGAGCGAGGGAGAGCUUCCGUGAAGAAAGAUCCUCCCAAGAAGACGGUGAUCAGAUCCAAAACAUACGGAUUGUGUCAUUUCAGUCAGGAGGACGACGAAGACUGCAGCUCAGAGGAGCCACGUGGCUCUCACGGUGGAUCAAGAGAUGUAAACAAGAGGAGCAAUGAUGCUUUCACUAAACACACACCUGACAGUCAGCACAGUGGCUUUUUGACAGGAGGGGCUUUAUUGGAAGCUGAUCCCACAUCAGAAAAACAAUCGACUUUUGGCAGCUGCCAUAGCUCCUCUCUCACCAUGCCGGUCAUCCUGUACGAUGGAUCAGAAGAAGAGCUGAUGGACACUAUUGAGAAAGAGUUUAGUUGACCCCCAGCUGAGAGUGCUGCAGCAAAGCUGUUGUCCUUUUCAGCCAGCCUCGUGGCAUUACAGCAGUUUGCAGAAGAAAUUUAAAAAAGAGAAAGGGAAACAGGGUUUCUUUUAGACAAUUUCCUGCCGCUAAGGAAGGCUAUACGUUCACUGUAUUUAAGCAGGAUUUCCAGGAUAAAUUUAACAUUGUUUGUGUUAAACUGCUGCACUCCAGGCCUUUGCAUUUACCCAAGUCUUAUUUAACAACAUGAAGCAGUGUAAUUGCAGAGUUAUAACACCAACUUGAACAGGUGCCAGGAGGUUCAAGUCUGACAGAAGCCUCCUCGGUUUGUUAUCUGCAGUGGUGUCACUGUCACCCCCCUCAACGCUGCCGGCCUCCCACAGAGCACUACUUAUUUGUUACCUAUUACUUACUCUACUUUAACUUGUCUGUUAAUAGGUAAAGGAGAGAGCACAUAUGCCUCUGGUUGCUGAAACUGAAAUUUAGCAGUUAAGGCACAUUCUUGUGGCCGUGCUAUAUGCAAAAAUAACAUUUUCCACCAGCAGAUUUGUGCGUGCAGCACAGUGUAUAGUUUUUCAUAAGUGGCAGCCCUGCAAAGGUAUGAGCCGGGACUGUUGAUUUAAGGUUUCCUUCCUGACCACAAGUUCCUGCACUUUUCCACCCUUAUGAAGAAGGAAUGUGCGGCAACAGAGACAUUCAGUCAGACUCACUUUGACCCAGCUGUGUUUUAGGCACAUUCACACAUACAGGCCUGCUGCUGCCGCUUAGUGGUGGAACACAGUAGUGCAUGAACACAUACUUCACCAUUGAUGAGAAUACUGCAUGUUAGGGGUGUAAAUUACAAGUUUCAUCAUGAUACGAUAUUAUAUUGAUUCUUCAGACAUGAUACAAUAUUUACUGAUAUCACAAAGUCUGCCACAAUACGAUUUUGAUUUGAUUCAAUUCAGGGGGCUGCGAUCGAUAAAACAAUAUCAUAUGUCCAUUGACACAAUCUGUGGCAUUUAUUUCAACUCAGAAAAAAAAACUAAAAUAUGAUUUGACGAUUUUAUUACUGGGCUCUUCCAGACAUUUAAAUGAAAAACAAUCUUUUUUUUUUUUAAUAAAAAGAAUAAAUAUAAAGUGGGAAUUUGAAA